AGAAGAAGAAGAAGAAGAGAAGAAGAAGAAUGAGAAGGAGAAGGAGAAGGAGAAGAAGAAAAAAAGAACUUGACUUGAGACUGUUGCAAAUCUUCGUGAAAUGAUGUUAAACGAUGUUUCCACAGCUAAUAUUUUCUAAGCAUCCGAGAGCCAUCACCAACCUUAGCCACUGACAGACAAGUAAUAAACCAUGAAGAAGAAAGGUAGAUGUCCAAGGUCGCCUGAGACAUCACGAAAGAACAGUAGAGUCUGUGAAGGGAAGAGUCCAUGUGGAAAACUCAGAGAAAACAACCAUGUGACUGCAGCAACAUCUAACUUGUAUGAUGGAGAUGCCCCAUCCGAUGCUACCAACAUUUUGACUGACAAGGAUUCAGAUGUCAAGUCAAAAGCCUUCAAAUUAUCCACUGCCAUCUGUAGGCUGUGCCAUGGAAAGUUUUCGCCACGGAGUCUGCUACAUGCCUUUAACAAAUGUCCUGAAGAUUAUCCUGAUAUAUUUAAUGAAGAAGCAUAUGCUGCUGCCAAGUCACCCUCUUUAUUCCACAUCGACUUCCAGCGAUUGGUUGGAGUACAGUUGGACCCUGACCCUCAAUUAUCAGAGUUUGUUUGCAAGAAAUGUCACAGCAAGUUCUAUAAGUGCCAAAAUAUUCUGCUCAGGUUUCUACAGAUGGUUAAUCUCCUGCCUGUUGGGAAAGACAAUUCGAAAAUGAGGCACAUGGCAAUGCUUUCAGACUCUUCAAUAAACGAUGGGUCUAUAACUUCACCAUCAUUUUCUUUAGACAUUGCCUCCCUUCACAAGCUCGUGUCUUGGGCUCACCAUCAUGGAAAGGCCUGCAAAUCCUGCCCUGACCUGAAGCAGUUGCUUGAGGAGCAGUGCUGGGACUCAGUCAAAGCAGUGUGGUAUUGUCUUGAUGGGCACAGCUACACCAUGAAUACACAGGGAACCACCUCGAUCAGGUUUGGAUAUGUGCUCAACCCACGAGAGAGUGAAACUUGUGCCAAAGAGAUUUCAGGGGAGGUGGACUGUGCGGAAAAACGCACAGUGGGGAUGGCAGGGCCACAGGCUGAGCACAGUCUACCAGCAGUCACUCCACUGAUUCAAACGUCAACACUAGCUGCUGACUGGACCUGCAAUACUAAAGAGUUUGGAGAUACAGAAGUGGCAAUUUCUCCUGUUCAGGAGCAGCAAGGGGACAUGCGGACUAAUACUGAGUUAUCUGACAGAGCAACUGGGUCCAACGAGCAACAACAAAUAACAAAUACUUCAGGAGAUACUAAAGUUAAAAGGAAACCUGGACCUAAACCUGGCUGGAAGAACAAGUUCAAACCUAAAGGGGAGGAGCUGCCCAACAUCUACAAGUGUCUGUAUCAAGGCUGCACUGCUGUCUAUAGAACUUCUGAAGGUUUAAAGUGCCUUCUCUGCCAUCUUCCAGUGGAUCUAAAACUUCCUGACGGGCAGGACACAGCAGGUGAGGCCACCUCAUCCACAUGCACGUUCAGCACCGGGGCACCCCAAGGGUGUGUCCUCUCCCCUCUGCUCUUCUCGCUCUACACAAGUGACUGCCCUUGAGGCACCCGACCGUCAAACUCCUCAAGUUCGCAAAUGACACUACAGUCAUUGUCUUAUUCCAAGACUGUGACGAGUCUGCGCAUCAACAGUAAGUGGUGAGACUGGAGCUUUAGUUGGGCCAACACAACCUGUCAUUGAACACUAAAGACUGCAGAGAUGAUUGUGGACUACACGAGGCAUCCUUCACCACAGCUAUCCCUGACGAUGUCCAACUGUCUUGUCAUCCGCUGAGACCUUCUAGUUCUUUGGAAUUACGGUCUCCCAUGACCUGAAGUGGUAGACGAACAUCAACUCCAUCCUCAAAAAAGCCCCGCAAAUGAUGUACUUCUUGUGGCUUCUUCAAGCACGACCUGUCACAAGAGCUGUUGAGACAGUUCUAUACAGCGGUCAUCCAGUCAGUACUAUGUGCCUCAAUCACAAUCUGUUUUGGGGUUGCAAAUGUAUAUGUGAACAUUGACUGGUGUACAAACAGCAGGAUCAUUGCAGUCUCACGCAGACCAGUGUUACCUCUAAUUUUUCACAUGUCUUGAGCAUACAAACAAGCUCCCCGAGCACACCGAGGAACACUGUGAGCAACAUCAGAAAGCUCACUGUGGCCACACACACACGUCACACCUGGUAUCAUGGAAAGUUUCAUGGCUUGUUAAAAGGAUCAAAUUACAACAGCAAUUUCCAUUAGUUAACUUUUAACAUAACUAAUUUGGUACACUUAAAAUGAAAAAGACAAAACAUUGAAGAUUUGUCGUGAGACUUGUCGUAUAUUACAUGUGAGGGUACUUCUUUGGCUUAGGUCAGCAAGGUCCAGUUUUGGCAUGGGUGAGUGUCUUGCCUUGAAAGAAAUGAGACAUACAAACCUUUCAGGCAUAACAUGUUGUUCACAUAAAAACAUUUACAUUUUCCACAAUGUGAGCUGUAGCUAGUCAUACAGUCUGUUUUACUCUUUUUCUAAUGCCUAUACAUUAUCUAGUCAUAAUAGAAUUUAAUUAUUAACAUCUAUAAAUAAAACAUCUUAAUAAAUGUCACUAUGGUUAAAUCUGACUUAAAAUUUACCUUAUUUUUCACAUCUGUCCUUCUCACUUUUCCAAUGGUUGACCGAGAGAAAGUGGAAUAUGCAAUUCUAAGAAGAGUUUCCACAUCUCUCAUCAAAGGUACAUCAUUCCACGCAUCAUCAAUGCCCAAGUCUUCUCCAUGGGCCACACAAUGUUGUUCAGUUAGGUGUGGUAUUUGGCGCUUCAACGGAACUGCAACUCCAUUUUCCUAGCAUUACUGAGGCACCAUCAGAGGUCAGCAUGACCAUUCUCCGCAUGUCCAGUCCAUGUUUGGAAUAAAACUGAGUUAUUGCCUGCACAAUAUCAUGAGUAGCGCAUGCUGUUAACUGGAUGAUGCCACCAAACAGUUUUAUAGCUGACAUAAUUUUCCUCCCUGAAUUUGAUAUACAGUGCCCUCGGUAAUUAUUGGCACCCCUGGUUAAGAUGUGUUUUUUAGCUUUUGAUAUAUAUAUAUUUUUUUAAAUAAUAUGGGAUCCUAAUGGAAAAGAGAGAAAAAUCCAACCUUCAAUACAAGUGCAUUUAUUCAGUGGGGAAAAAAAUCCCACAUACAGAAAUAAUUAUUUGACAUCAAAUAAUGUGCGUCACAAUUAUUAGCACCCCUGGUGUUAAUACUUUGUACAACCCCCAUUUGCCAACAAAACAGCACAUAUUCUUCUCCUAUAAUAUUUCACAAGAUGGGAAAAGAUAGAAAGAGGGAUCUUCAGGCAUUCCUCUUUGCAGAAUCUCUCUAAAUCAUCCAGAGACGUGGGUCCUUUCCUCUUCAGCUCACUCCACAGGUUUUCAAUAGGGUUGAGGUAAGGGGACUGAGAUGGCCAUGGGAGGAGCUUGAUUUUGUGUCUGGUGAACCAUUUCUGUGUAGAUUUGGCCAUAUGUUUAGGGUCAUUGUCUUGCUGAAAGACCCAGUGAUGACCCAUCUUCAGCUUUCGGGCAACAGAUUUUGAUUUAAAAUUUCCUAUGGUGGUGGUGUCCUAUGGUAUUUCAAAGCAUUCAUGAUGCCAUGCACCCUAACAAGGUUCCCAUGGCCUUUGGAAGCGAAGCCCCACAGCAUCACUGACCCACCCCCAUACUUCACAGUGAGUAUGAGGUGCUUUUCAGCAUGCGUAUCUUUCGUGGCACACCAGACCCACUUAGAGUGUUUGUUGCCAAAAGGCUCAAUAUUGGUCUCAUCUGACCAAAGCACACGGUCCCAGUUGAAGCCCCAAUACCGCUUGACGAACUCCAGACGUUUCCGUUUAUGAUUGUGAGUGAGGAAAGGUUUUCUCCGUCCAUGCAUCCCAAACAGUUUGUUGGCGUGUAGACAGCGCCAGAUGGUUGAUUUGGAGACUUUGUGACCCCAGGAUGCUACCAUUUAUUGUAAUUCUGUAACAGUGAGCUUUGGGGAUCUUUUGAUUUCUCUUACCAUCCUCCUCACUGUGCGUGGUGGCAAAAUAAACAUGGGUCCUCGUCCAGGCUUGUUUACCACUGCUCCAGUUGUUUUGACCUUCUUAAUUAUUCCUCUCACAGUGGAUAUGGGCAGCUGCAGUUGAGUGGCAAUCUUCUUGUAGCCUCUGCCCGACCUGUGAAGGUUGACACACAUCGGCCUCACUUGUAUACUGUGUUCCUUUGUUUUUCCCAUGUUUAAGAGUGGAUAAGAGAAAUGGCUUCUUGUGUCACGUCAUAUUUAUACCCCAGGGAAACAGGAAGUGAUGAAUUACUAAUUAAAUGUUCCUUAUACCCUGGUAAACUUUGUAAACUACUGUAGAAAUGACAGAAAUGCUACAAUUAUAUUUAUUUCCUGGGAAUUGUUAAGGGUGCCAAUAAUUGUGGAACAGGUGAUUUAAUGAAAAAUAAUUAUUUUUUAGUCAGGGAUUUUUUUUAUUUUCUUACAAUUCAUUUGAGUUGAAGUUUACAUUUUCCUAAAAUUUUCAGUGUGACAGUAUUCUCCUGCAAUAAACUGAAUUUAUUUUAAAGCUUUUAACACAUCUUAACCGCGGGUGCCAAUAAUUAUGGAGGGCACUGUAUAUAUGACUAGCAUUUUGUGUACUGUUAUGUCUGUGCUCUCAUCUACUAUCAGGGUAUGCCGGGAGGCAUUUUUAACCUUAUACAUAGUCUCAUUCUGCAAUAUCUCAUUGAUUGAAUUCACAAAUUCAAAGGAUAGUUUUUUCCUCGCCAGCUUUCUGGUAUAUUCACAUACUUUGCCAUGUGAUUGUCGAUUUGUUGAACUGACAGCAUUACCGCAU